AUGGAGCAUAGAGGGCAAGAUGAAGAGCUUGCAGUCUCUGUAUCGGGUCUAAACGCCCGGCGUCAUGCAGACAAAGACAUCUCGCUGGCAAGUUUCACAUCCAGGUACCUGCUCAAUCGUGCCCAUCACAACCUGAUCAACCAACAUUUAACCCAGCAUUCCGGGUGUUGGAUUAUUCGGGACUCUGAAACUAAGAAUAACAACAUGCAGCCGACUAAGGCACCUGCAGGAUCCCGAGCAAGCGGACAGCCAGAAGAAACCCCAGGUUUGCCGCCGAAAUCUGCAGCCAAUUUCACACUCGCUCUCAUGUACAAAAUCUUCCCCAACUUCCAAGUACCCAACCGCCAGGUCGCCGUGUUUCAUCCAUUCUCAUAUAACCAAGUUUUGUGUCACUAG